AUGAUCGUGGACAAGCUGCUGGACGACAGCCGCGGCGGAGAGGGGCUGCUGGACGCGGCUGGCGACUGCGGCCUCAUGACCAGCCCGCUCAACCUGGCCUACUUCUACGGCGCAUCGCCACCCGCCGCCGCCCCCGGCGCCUGCGACGCCGGCUGCUCGUCGUCUGGGCCCUCGGCGCCCGGCUCGCCCGGCUCCGACUCCUCCGACUUCUCUUCUGCCUCGUCCGUGUCCUCCUGCGGGGCGGUAGAGUCCCGGCCGAGAGGCGGCGCCCGUGCCGAGCGGCUGCAAGUUGAGCCCCAUAUGGGGGUUGGAAGGCAGCAGAGAGGACCCUUUCAAGGUGUUCGCGUGAAGAACUCGGUGAAGGAACUCCUGUUGCACAUCCGAAGUCAUAAACAGAAGGCUUCCGGACAAGCUGUCGAUGAUUUUAAGACACAAGGUGUGAACAGAGAGCAAUUCACAGAAUUGAAGAACACAGUUUCAUGUAGUGGGAAAAGGAAAGGCCCUGAAUUAUCGUCUGAUGGACCAGCUUGCAAAAGACCAGUUUUGUUACAUACCCAGUUUUUGACGCCGCCUCAAACACCCACACCCGCGGAAAGCAUGGAAGAUGUCCAUCACAAUGAAUCCAAACAGGACAGCAGUGCUGAUCUGCUUCAGAGCAUUAUCAACAUUAAGAAUGAAUGCAGCCUGGUUUCCCUGAACACUGUCCAAGUUAGCUGGAUGCGCCCUGUGGGGGUCCCUCCGAGCUCCCCCCACGAGCAGUGUCAGGACUUCCACGGAGGGCAGGUCUUCUCUCCACCUCAGAAAUACCAACCCUUCCAAGUCAGCAGCUCCCCACACAUGAUGGAUCAGGCUUCCAUGUACCAGUAUUCUCCACAGAACCAGAACGUGCAGCAGCUGCCGCCACAGCACUACACCCACAACCCAGCUCUGGAAUACAGUCCUUAUUCCAGAACUUCCCAGUCCCCCAGCUAUGAACCAAACAUCUUUGAUGGUCAAGAACCACAGUUCUGCCCGAACCAAAGUUUUGCAUCCCUUCUAAGUGAUCCCAGGGAAUCUGAGAAUAUUGCUGUUCCCCCACAGACUGCCCCCAGCGUUCAGCAGCAAAAUGAUGCCCACGUGCAGAACUUCAACAUGAUGUCACACAGUGCCUGCGAGGCCCUGGCGAGGCAUGAUGCAGGCUCUGCCCCUUUAAACACACCACUGCCCUUCCCGAGCAUCGUCGGAAAUCCAAUGAACACCACACAGUUAGGGAAGUCAUUUUUUCAGUGGCAAGUAGAGCAGGAAGAAAGCAAAUUGGCACGUAUCUCCCAAGACCAGUUUCUUUCAAAGGAUGCAGAUGGUGACACGUUCCUUCAUAUUGCUGUUGCCCAGGGGAGAAGGGCACUUUCCUAUGUCCUUGCAAGAAAGAUGAAUGCGCUUCACAUGCUGGAUAUUAAAGAGCACAAUGGACAGAGUGCCUUUCAGGUGGCAGUGGCUGCCAAUCAGCACCUCAUUGUGCAGGAUCUGGUGAACCUCGGGGCCCAGGUGAAUACGACUGACUGCUGGGGAAGAACCCCCCUGCAUGUUUGUGCUGAGAAGGGCCACUCCCAGGUGCUUCAGGCAAUCCAGAAGGGAGCAGCGGGGAGCAAUCAGUUUGUGGAUCUGGAGUCAACUAACUAUGAUGGCCUGACCCCUCUACACUGUGCAGUUGUGGCCCACAAUGCUGUGGUUCACGAACUCCAGAGAAAUCAACAGCCCCAUUCACCUGAAGUUCAGGAGCUUUUGCUGAAGAAUAAGAGUCUAGUUGAUACAAUUAAGUGUCUGAUUCAAAUGGGAGCCGCAGUGGAAGCUAAGGAUCGUAAAAGUGGCCGCACAGCCCUGCAUUUGGCAGCUGAAGAAGCAAAUCUGGAACUCAUUCGCCUCUUUUUGGAACUGCCCAGUUGCCUGUCUUUUGUGAAUGCAAAGGCUUACAAUGGAAACACCGCCCUCCAUGUUGCUGCCAGCCUGCAAUAUCGGGUGACACAGUUGGAUGCAGUCCGCCUGUUGAUGAGGAAGGGAGCAGACCCAAGUACUAGGAACUUGGAGAACGAACAGCCAGUACAUUUGGUUCCUGAUGGCCCUGUGGGAGAACAGAUCCGACGUAUCCUGAAGGGAAAGUCCAUUCAGCAGAGAGCUCCACCGUAUUAGCUCCAUUGGCUGGGAGCCUGGUCAGCAAUACUCACUGUCAGUUAGGCAGUCCUAAUGUAUCUGUACAUAGACCAUUUGCUCUGUAUUGGCAAAUGUAAGUUGUUUCUAUGAAACAAACAUAUUUAGUUCACUAUUAUAUAGUGGGUUAUGUUAAAAGAAAAGAAGAAAAAUAUCUAAUUCCUCUUGGCAGAUUUUAAUAUUUCAUACCCAGGUAUCUGGGAUCUAGACAUCUGAAUUUAAUC